GUCGAUCUCGCUGUACGACCUUUUUAUUUAGUGACCUCGAGGUUUCGAAUAAGCUAUCUACUGAUUCCACCUCUGUAUCAAUCAUGGCGGAGAAUGGUGAAGAGAAGUUACUUGCUGUUGCGCGUCACAUAGCCAAAACACUUGGCCAUAACGAAUCCAUGGCCGAUGAUAUCUUACAGAUCUUCUCCAACUUCGACGGCAGAUUUUCUCGCGAAAAGCUCGCCGAAGGUCAAGCUGGAGAAGAUGGAUCCGGAGUCGCCACACUCGAGCGAGCUUUAAAUUCAAUAGACGGUCAGAUCUCUCGCUUUGUUGCCGCGGAUCAACCUAUUUGGGCUGAUCCUGCUGAUUCAGCUGCUUUCCUCGACACAAUCGAUGAGCUUGUUGCUAUCAUCAGAGAGUGGAGUCCCAUGGCUUCAGAGAAACCUAUCGGUGUCUGUCUAGCACGCGCCGACGAUAUGAUGCAGCAAGCUAUGUUCCGCAUCGAAGAAGAGUUCAGGUCGCUUAUGGAGCGUGGAGCUGAGUCGUUUGGCUUAAAUCCUCAGGGAGACGCUGGCGCGAUGAAUCAUCGUUUCGACUCUGAGGAAGAAGAUGAUGAUGACAGAGACUUCAACAACGGUGACGAUAUCCAGAUCCCAGUGGCACAGCCACUCACUGACUAUGACCUUAUCAUCGAUGCUCUCCCGUCGGCGACAAUUAACGAUCUACAUGAGAUGGCUAAGCGAAUGCUUGGAGCUGGAUUUGGUAAGGCGUGUUCUCAUGUUUAUAGUUCUUGUAGGAGAGAGUUUCUGGAAGAAAGCAUGUCGAGGUUAGGGUUACAGAAGCUGAGUAUUGAAGAAGUUCAUAAGAUGCCAUGGCAGGAGCUAGAGGAUGAGAUAGAUAGAUGGAUCAAAGCUGCUAACGUCGCUUUAAGAAUCCUCUUUCCGAGCGAACGCCGACUCUGUGACCGUAUCUUCUUCGGUUUCUCCUCUGCUGCUGAUCUCUCAUUCAUGGAGGUAUGUCGUGGUUCUACCAUUCAGCUUCUGAAUUUCGCAGACGCGAUUGCUAUUGGAAGCCGAUCGCCCGAGAGAUUGUUUAAAGUGCUUGAUGUAUUCGAGACAAUGAGGGAUUUGAUGCCUGAAUUCGAGUCGGUGUUCUCGGAUCAGUUUUGCUCAGUUCUUAGAAACGAAGCAGUAACCAUUUGGAAACGAUUGGGAGAGGCGAUAAGAGGUAUAUUUAUGGAGCUUGAGAAUUUGAUCAGGCGAGACCCGGCCAAAGCUGCGGUUCCAGGCGGUGGUCUCCACCCGAUCACUCGUUACGUGAUGAAUUACCUCCGUGCGGCCUGCAGAUCCCGACAAACCUUAGAGCAAGUGUUUGAGGAAAGCAAUGGCGUCCCCUCUAAAGAUUCAACUCUGUUGACUGUGCAGAUGUCUUGGAUCAUGGAGCUUCUAGAGAGUAACUUGGAAGUGAAGUCCAAAGUGUACAAAGAUCCAGCCUUGUGCUAUGUGUUUCUGAUGAACAACGGGAGAUAUAUUGUUCAGAAGGUCAAGGAUGGAGACCUAGGAUUGCUCUUAGGAGAUGAUUGGAUUCGGAAACACAAUGUCAAAGUGAGACAAUACCAUAUGAAUUAUCAGAGAAGCUCAUGGAAUAAGAUGCUGGGGUUACUGAAGGUGGACAAUACAGCGGAAGGCAUGAGCGGUUUGGGGAAAACCAUGAAGGAGAAGCUGAAGCAGUUCAAUAUCCAGUUUGAUGAGAUAUGUAAAGUGCAUUCGACGUGGGUAGUGUUUGACGAGCAGCUGAGAGAGGAGCUGAAAAUCUCACUGGCCAGGCUUUUGGUACCGGCAUACGGGAGCUUCAUCGGAAGGUUCCAAAACCUUGGAGACAUAGGGAAAAACGCGGACAGGUACAUCAGGUAUGGAGUUGAGGACAUAGAGGCGCGAAUCAACGAGCUUUUCAAAGGGACAACCACAGGAAGAAAAUGACGGUAAUAGCCACUUGUAACAUCUUUGUAACGAACCACCUGCUAAUGGCCAAUAGCGAAGUCUUGCAGGGUGGAUUUGUAACAUGUAUUGUAUCCUUUUAGACAGUUUAGCUCAGCUUUGUUGUGUUGUUGUGUAAUGUUGUAUUGUACUGGAUCACUUUUUUUGUCAUUGUAAAAAGAGAGAACAGUUGAAAAAGAUGACAUGUUUAGGGGCUUGGUACUCCCUUCACCCUGAGUGCAUAUUUUAUCAACAUGUUCUUACUUCUUAGUCUCCCCGUUUAACAAAUGAAGCAGGUGGCU